CCGUCAAUGAGUGUAUGUUGAAAACAAAGGAAGAAGAAUGGCGUAGAUCAGUGAGAUAACGGUGCUGCCCGGAGUCAUAAAUGAGAUUAUAACGGACUCAGAAUUUACACCGUCAGCGUGUAAAUGCCACGAAGGAGGUGUGGGUCACGUCACGCCGCCAGCCACAGCAGUGUUGGGUUUUUUGUUUUGUUUCUUUCCACGUGACGCUUCUGUUUUUCAGCCGAUGAACAUGAUCGCUUGACGGCGUGUCGCGUUUCCGAAACGUUUGUUCUCUCUGAUCGGGGCGUCAUGGCGAAGACCUUCGUGGAUCUGUGUGAGUACCUGCAGGACCCCCGCCAAGUGGCGAGGUUCCAGCACUUGUGCGGUGUUACGGGGACUGUGACGGAUCCGGAUCAGACGGGGGACGGCGGACUUCCCGGGCUGAGGUCGGCGGCCCGGCAGCGCGGACGGACUCUGCCCGAGGAUGCGGAUGUUCCGAACGGGUUGCAGGGGGACGGCGGCGGGCCAAGCGGCGAUCUGGACUCGGACACGACCAGGACAAAACCCCUCCGGAAGAACUCCUUAACCGGGGAUGUAGGUCAGGAGUUCCUGAUCCACAACAGGGUUCUGUUCUACCUCUUCACCUUUGGGACUGAGCUGGGAAACGAGAUGUUUUUCAUAGUUUUCUUUCCCUUCCUCUUUUGGAAUGUGGACGCGGUGGUCAGCAGGAGGCUCAUCGUGGUCUGGGCAUGGAACCUGUUCGUGGGACAGUCUACCAAGGACAUGGUCCGCUGGUCCCGGCCGGCCUCCCCACCUGUAGUAAAGGUGGAGGUCUUCUACAACUCCGAGUACAGCAUGCCGUCCACGCACGCCAUGACGGGGACAGCCAUCCCCUUUUGCCUCUUAAUGCUGUCCUAUGGACGUUGGCAGUAUCCUUUCUUCUUUGGAUUGUGUUUGGCUCUAUCCUGGAGUGUCCUGGUGUGUGUGAGCAGAGUCUACAUGGGUAUGCACUCUAUUCUGGAGGUUAUCACGGGAUUCUUCUACAGCCUUCUUGUUCUCGCCUUCUUCUAUUCCACUUUGGAGAAAAUCGAUACCUUCUACAUGACCGAUCGCUGCGCUCCACUUGUGAUUUUAGUGUCACACGUGAGUCUGGGACUUGUGGCGUUCUCUUUGGAUUCCUGGAGCACCUCCCGAGGUGACACCGCUCAGGCUCUGGGUACCGGGGCAGGAGCCGCUUUGGCCACUCACAUGAACCAUCAGCUGGGACUGCUGACCGAUCUGCCGCCUUCCUCGCUGCCCCUCGUUCUGCCGCCGAUUACCGCCGGCUUGGUGUUUCGCUCUCUGCUGCGCUUCUUUUCAGGAGUCGCCGUCCUUCUUGUCACCAGAAUGGCGAUGAAAGCAGUGACUGUCCCGUUCCUGUGUCGAGUGUUCGGGCUGCCCUCAAAUGACGCGAGAUGGGCGCGGCAGCACAUGAAAGUCGAGCUGCCGUACCGCUACAUCGUCUACGGCGUUGUUGGUUUUAGCUGCGUCUCUGUCGUACCUCUUCUAUUUAAGAUUUGCAACCUUGCCUGACAAACUGCCAGAGACUACCGACAUGUUCAUGUAAACGUGACGGCAAACAAACCACUCGCGUACACGCUGCUUAUUUUAUGGCGUAAACAAACCGUUUUGUUUUUCCCUGCAUGAUAAAACAAUCUGUGUGAUCAAGUGUUCACAAGAAUUUUGCAAAUACAAAAUGUCAGCUGUACUGUAGCGAUGUUUGUGUUCAGUACUAAUAUGUCUGAUCCGGAUUUCUUAGAAUAUGUUAUUUGAAAAAUAUCACGCUUUAAGAACAAACACAAAUUUGUGAACUCGCGUCAUUUUGUUUUUGCCAGUGUUAAAGAAGUGGUGGGAAUUUAUUAUUACCGCAUGUUUAAGAUGCUGUUUUAGGAGUUGCGUGAACAUGCAGCGUGCACUUACCUGCCAGUGGAAAUGUCAGCCGGAAUGUUUGGAUGUAACCGCGAAAGAUUGAACAAGGAGGCGCCACUUUGCAGCGCGGGGAAACAGCAACCCAGAUCAGGUCAUCUCAACCUGAAACCAUCAAAGCGGUGGAAUUUUCACAUGCAUGCACAUCGAGUAGACGGAACAACUGACAGUCAUGACAUCUGGUCAACAGUCUGAACACUGCAGGUUAAUCACAUAUAUUAUUUAUUCACCUCUGUUUUUGUACAGUUUUGUGCUGAAAAAGUGUCUAAAAAUCAGGGUUGCCCAGUUUGGAGCCCACAAGCCACAUUUGGCCUGCACUCCCUUCAUUUUGGCCAAAUGGCAUGUUGUCUCCAAAUUCAUAUUAAGCAGAUUAAAGAGUAGUGUUUUUAUUAUUUGGAAAUUUUAUUUUAGAUUAAGAAUGUUAAUUUUUUUUAAAUCAUUCAUUCAUUCGUUAACUUAAACUGCUUGGUCCAAUUAAGGGUGACAGGAAAUGAAGUUAAGCAGACAAAACGUGAAAUUUAGAACUGUUUCUGAUUUGGGGUUGUAAUUAACAUAACUUUUGUGUUUUAUUUUUGGCCUGUGACCCAAAAUAAUUUACAGCCUUUCAGACGGAAUGAGACUUAAACUACACAUCAAGUGGGAAAAUGUAAAAUGUGAUGAAACAUAUGCACACAUACAAUUUAUGCUUGAUGACAAAGAAAUACAGACUUUUGCUUUAAAAAAAACAAACAACAAACUACAGUAUUUGAUAAUAUGAAAUCCAGCACAUGUAAUUGUAAAUUGCUGCCCUUUUGUCCAUCUAAUUACUCUUUUGAUUCUUAUUACAUUAACCUGUGAGCACUUUUCUGUGUAAGUAUUAAUAGCACGUUUUUGGGGUCUAUCAUUACCGAGAUCUGUUUUCCACCAUUUUUCAUCAUGUAAACUGUCCUAACGAGGAAAACAUAUUAUUUCAGUGUAUAACUUUUUUUUUUUUCUGCUGAGAAAAUAUAGCAAGUGGCUCUGACAUUUUACACAAGUGUGAAAUUUAGUGUGGACUGUGUUGCUGAUAUUGAUAUUUUUUAAAUGUGAUGUUGCCAAUAAACUAUUGAUCAG